ACUAAAAGCGUUGGUUUUUGGUAAAUUAGGCACCGCAUUUUCCAAAAGUGAGUUUUAUACAUUGUUUCAAUAAAUGUAGAUCAUUUCUCGCCAAAAAAAUAGCAAUUGUAGUUUCCAAUACAAUGAAUUACGAGUACUACAGCGAACCUUUGGAUCUCUCCAGCUGCUCUACAGUUUGUCGAUUAUGUUUGCGCUCGAACAUUCCUAUGGAAAAUCUGUUUGAUAACGAUGAUAACCAGUUAAUUAAAAAAAUCGCUGAGUGCACAGCUGUUAGGAUAGCUCAAGCAAAUGGUGUAGUUUCUUCUAUUUGUCACCCAUGUAAGACCAAUCUAUUGUCCUUUUAUAAAUUUCGAAAGAAGUGCAUUCAAAGUGAAGUUGUUUUUCUAAAUGAAUUAAAAAACAUACGGAAGCUGCCAGCUAAACAAUGCAACAACACAAAUAAGGCAGACAUGAAAAAUCAGAAAGACUUCUUGAAUCCGUUCGCAACAAUUGGACCAACAAGGCUAGAUAAAGCUUGUUCAAGAAACAGUUCCGAAAACAAAGCUGACAGAGUGACAGCAAGAUAUGCCUUAGCUCCUGUCUCCAUCUUUUUAAAACCCUUGAUCGUCAAAGUGAAAAAUAAAAAAUAUUGGAACUGUCCCAGUUGUGACAAAAAAUUCAAAGAGUUACGCACCUUCAAAAAUCAUAUUAACACUCAUAAAGGAAAUCGGAGUUUCAUCUGCAACUUCUGCGAGCGUUCAUUUUCGAAACAAGAGGAGCUAAAUUUGCACAUGAGAAAACUACACGAUAACAAAAUGUUCUUCACAUCGAAAGAUAUAGAGGUUGCCCACCUAAAAUAUAAGUGUCGUCAAAUUCCUGCCACUAUACCUCUGAAGCCUUUAUUGAUCAACGUCAACAAGAAACAAUUGUGGAAAUGUCCUAAAUGCGAAAAGCGUUUUCAAGAUCUACACUGCUUAUCCUCUCAUAUCAGCACUCACACCAUGCCAUACACUAACAAUCGGCUAAUUUCUCCGAAUGACCAGAAAAUAAAUACCAACUUUGAUUGGAAUAAGUGCCUUCAGAGCUCCCCAACUCCUGUUUGCGUUAUGCUAAACCCUUUGACCGUUAAUAUAGAUAACAAAGAACUCUGGAAAUGUCCUAAAUGUGAGAAAUGUUUCCAACAUCUCGGAGACAUGGAGGAACACGUCAACAUCCAUAGACUCCUCACAAGUGACUUCGGCAGGCGCCCUUGGACCAAGAAAUGUCAUGUAAAAGAGGAACCUAAAAUGUGGCAUUAUCUGAAUGUUCUACGCUAGUUUUAACGCUUUUUUUAUUUGAUGCCGUUACAUAAAUGCUUUUACAUACUGUUUAACUCAUCCGUUACUAGUGCUAGCAAAACCUUGAAACAAAUUCAUGCUACAGUAACAACCUUUAGAUUAUAUUGUUAAAAUUGAAAAAAAAAGAUUUUUAUAUAAUUUUCCUAAACAUAAAACUCAUUGUUCAGGAUUUCCAGAAGUUCUAGCGAAAAGUUUGUUCUGAUCCAUUAUACUUGUACAAGAUGAUUAAAAACAGAGAGAAGCGUAGAAUCACAUUUCAGUGGCAGUGUUCAUAAGUUGAAUUUAUUUUUUAAAAUGUAAUUUCACAAUAACAAAAUAAAGUUUCAAAUAAUUACUCGAUGUUAAAGCAACGCGUUGGAUCACAAGCGAAUUUUAUUACAUUUUCAAAUUCCAGUUGUCGUAGGUGUCAGUGAAAGUGAAGAGAAGAUUCGUGGUUGGAGCAGAGCAAUAAUGACAUUAGCAGUCAGAUAUUCGAGCAAAUAUUGGGACGCUUAAAAACCACCUGCUUCGAAAACUCAUAUUUAGCUUAGCUUAGGUAGACUACCUGUAUUUACUUCGAAAACUCAUA